AUGCCUCAAUCAAGCCCCUUUGCCUCAAAGCGGACCCCCAAGGGAUCCUCCAAAACUGUUCGUCCUUCGACCCCGGACGCCAACAUUCUCCGACAACUCGACAUGUCCCCCAAGACGGCAAACCAAUCCAAAAAGCAGAAUAACGGUCGGAUGGGGGGACAGAGCUCCUCUGGCCGGAAAAGACGGGCAUCCACUUCUUCCGUCUCUAGUGUCUCGUCUGUUUCAUCCAUCGACGACCUCGACCUUGAGGGCGGCCUCAGUGACGAUUUGGAUGACUCGGAAGAUGAUGCAGAUGAUGAAGAGGACCGCCCGCGGGCCGUCGCCCCGUCCUACGGUCGUCGUCCAUCCACUUCCCGGAAGACGGGGCGCCAGCCUGCCAAAAGCAAACGAAGACGGGUCUCUGACGACGAAGACUCGGACAGUCAUUUUAUUAGCGCUCCCAGCGAUUCAGAUGACAGCUCUGAUGACGUUUACGCCGCAGUAGACUAUAUUACCGACGGAGAUGAUGAGGAAGGUGAUAUGGAAAAGCUCGAGGAGCUCAUGAUCAUGGAGUCUGAGAACAAGCACCGUGUCUUGCCCAGCUCGGAGAUCUCUGAGACCCAAUGGGUCGGUUCUGAGAUGUUUGGUGACUCUAUGCUCUUACCCGCUGCAUCCUUCUUUGAUGAGGAGCAACUUUACAGCGCCAUGGAGACCUUUGGCGAAACCGAUAUGGCUAGUGAGGCCGUGGAAACCCCCGUGGCUCGGCGUGUCCAUUUUGAGGAGCGGUCGGACUCGUCUUCCGAUAGUGAUUCUCACUCCGAUGACGAGAUUCCCAGCGACUUCCUCCAGCAAGAUUCCCUGGACCCCCAGCUGCGUCGCAUGAUCGAAAACGACAACAACGAUUACCACCGCAGCCACCGCCAAAAGUCCGAGGAGAUGUAUGGCGAUGGUGACUACGGCCACGCAAAUAUCUACCACGUUGAAUCCGAAGGAACAUCCGAGGGCAGUCUCAGUGGUUAUGAGACCGAUGAUGGUGAUACUACAGAUGAAGACCUGCCUCCUCCCGCUACUAUCACUCACCCCCGUUCUCUUCUUCGCCGCGACUCCACCGACUCCCUGGUCGCCCCCGGCGAGGACAAGACGGACACUGUUCCUCGCCGCCGAGGCCCAAUCAUGGGAACCUUUGUGGCCGAUCCAAACAAGCCUGUUGCGUUGGUUGACUGCACUGGCAAGCACCUCGUUAUCAUUCCCGCAUAUGCCUCCUCCCGCCACGACUGGUUGGACUCUGCUGCAAACAGCAUGCCCGGGACCGCCAACAACAGCCCUCGUCAGACCACCCUGCAAUUGAUUGAUGAGAGCGAUACCGAUGCCCUUGCAUCCCCAAACCAGAUCGAUUUCAGUCCCAUGUUGGCGUCCAGCGCCAAUCUGAUGAUGACCGCCCUCGGCAACGAUUUGACGCCGGGUGGGCAGGUCAUGGGUCCCCCUGAGGCUUUCUACCCCUCGCAAGAUUUCACCAUUGAUAGCUCUUUCGAGGAUGAUGACGAGGAUGAUCCUGAGGCUGCCCUUAAUGUGGACGAUUUCAUCGACUUUGGUAAUGGGUCCUCCGAUGAGGAAGAUAAUGACCAAGACAUCUUCAAUGGUUUCGAUGAUGACGCUCUCAUUUCUCCUAUGGCCACAUCAUCUAUGCAGCCCAUGGGUACUCCUACUCCUACUCGCAACUCAGAGUCCCAGGCCAACAACGCAGAACGCUUCCUCAACCAUUUGGACAAGGGUAUUGUCACGGCCUUCCGUCGCAACCACAAUCGGUAUCAGGCACUUCUCCGCCUCCCUCAACAUCGCGAAUUCAUGCCCGCCAACUCGCCCUCGCGCCCCGCCAGUGUGUUCCGACACGCCAAGCAUCAAGACAUGCGCACUCCAGUCCGCAAGCGCAAGGCCAGUGGCUACGCUGGUGGCGAGGCUGUGCGACGCAAGCUCAUGGAUGCCCACCGCCGCACCCAGCUCCCCUUUUGA